AUGUAUGGAUAUGUAAAAUGUGCUUUAUCUAAGCUUUGCUUUGACAAGUGUAAAUAUUGCAAGUGCUUGCCACCACUUGGACAGCUACCCUCCCUCAAAACUCUGUAUAUUGAUGAACUUAGUGGAGUGGUGACUGUGGGUGCAGAGUUUUACGGGAUUAAUGGUUCUAAUUCUGCAAGAAAGGCAUUUGCAUCACUGGAAUUUUUGCGAUGUCUCCCCGCUAACCUGGAAAUCCGUAAUUGUGAGAAUUUAGAAUUCCCAAUGCACCAUGACUCAGUCAAGACGUCUCUUCAAAUGGUUUCCAUAUCAAAAAGUUGCGGGGUCUCAGAUGGGCUGCAAUACCAACACGGCCUAACAUGUCUAUCUGGUCUGCGCAUCAGAGGUUGCCUCAAGUUCAUAUCUUUCCCUAAUGGCGGAUUGCAUGCUCCCAAUCUAACUAGUCUUAUAGUUGCCGGUUGCAAGAAAUUAGAGAACCUGCCUGAGCAAAUGGCUAACCUCCUUCCAUCUCUGGAAGGGUUGUGUAUCAUUGAUUGUCCAGAGGUGGAGUCGUUUCCUGAAGGUGGUCUACCCUCGAAUCUGCGUCGUCUUGAGAUUCAAAACUGCUCUAAACUCAUUGCACAGCGAGCCAAAUGGAAUUUACAAAAACUCCAAGCUCUUACAUACUUUGAACUCAUAGGAGGUGAAGGUGUGGAAUCGUUUCCAGAGGAGGGGCUGCUGCCUUCAACUCUUACCCAUCUUGUCAUGUAUGGAUUUACAAGUCUUAAGAGGCUGGACAUAAAGGCGCUUCAACAACUCACUUCUCUCGCAGGUCUAGAAAUCGAGUCGUGCCCUGAAUUACAGAAUCUACCACAACAAAAGCUGCCUACAUCUCUUACUGCUUUACAUAUCAACAAAUGUCCAAUCCUUAAAAAAAGGUGUCGGAGGGAUAAAGGGAAAGACUGGAACAAGAUUUCUCACAUCCCCGUCAUCUAUAUCGAUAAUAAGAUCAUUUGA